UCGUGCUGCGGGCCGGGUGUGCGUCUUCUCUUUCCCGCCAGCCCUUUCUACAGUGUUUGCUGAAUUCGGAGCCGCGCAGCUGCUGUGUGAAAUUUUGAGAACCCUCGCCACCGCCCCCGCCCCCCCGACUCCACGCACGUGUUACAGUCUUUGCUUUGUGGAGACAACAUGGACAGAUUCCUGGUGAAGGGGGCUCUAGAGGGCCUUUUGGGAAAGAGAGAGCAAGAACAGACAGGAGAAGGUCCAGCAGAGUUGGGAGAAUAUGAAGAAAGCACCAGGAAAAGGCCCAGGACAGAAACCCCGAGGAAUGGUGUUGACUUUGCAGAUCUUAGCUGGCAACACAUUCGAGCUGAAGGCCUGGACUGCAAUUACACAGUCCUGUUUGGCAAAGCUGAAGCAGACAAGAUUUUCCGAGAGUUGGAGCAAGAAGUGGAAUAUUUUACAGGUGCACUGGCCAAGGUGCAGGUGUUUGGAAAGUGGCACAGUGUACCAAGGAAGCAGGCGACGUAUGGCGAUGCUGGGCUGACCUAUACAUUUUCAGGCCUUACUCUGUCUCCAAAGCCCUGGAUCCCAGUUCUAGAGCGAGUCCGAGAUCGUGUUUCUUUGGUGACUGGGCAGACCUUCAACUUUGUGCUCAUCAACAGGUAUAAAGAUGGCUGUGACCACAUCGGUGAGCACCGAGAUGAUGAAAGAGAACUGGCCCCUGGAAGCCCCAUCGCCUCUGUCUCCUUUGGGGCCUGCCGAGACUUCUUUUUCCGACACAAGGAUUCUCGAGGGAAAAACCCCUCCCGGAGGGUGAAGGUGAUUAGGCUUCCAUUGGCCCAUGGAAGUUUGCUUAUGAUGAACCACCCGACCAACACUCACUGGUAUCACAGUCUCCCCAUCCGCAAGAAGGUUUUGGCUCCACGGGUCAAUCUGACAUUUCGUAAAAUCCUGCCUACUAAAAAGUAAAAGUAUUUUUCAGUUAGUACUUCUAUUUUCUCCUUCCCUCGCUUCUAGAAGAGGGAGAUGGAAUUUCCUUUACCAACAGAGAAAGAAAAGGUUUAACCAAAGUGUAGGGCUUAUUACAUAACAGUACAGAAUUCAGAAAGAGGAUGUUUAUAUCAAACCAGUAAAUUAUGAAAGCA